GCAGCGUCGGCCAGGCCAGGAGAGUCCAGUGUGCAAGCGACGAGAACGGAAUCAGAUGGUGGCGAAGAUCGCGGAUUGAUAGGUCGCGGGGUGCAUGAGAGAGAGGGAGAGAGAGAAAGAACAGGCGUUUACGCGACGGUGGUUGGCAUAGGCUCUCUCUCUGGCAGGAGGACGGGAAUAUUUCUUUUCUGUGUGUACGCGUACGCGAACGACAGAGAUAACGAGCAAAAAAGGCGACAAAAAGAGAGAGAGGGAGAGACAAAGAGAGCGCGCGCGACAAACCGUCGCGAGUGAAACACGGCAGUCGACGAACGCGGACUCGUUAUCGACGACGAAAUGAUCCUCUAGCUCCGUGCUUUCUGGCCUGGUCCACGCACAAGGAAAGGCCGACGACGACGGGAAGGAAGUGGAGCAAGAGGCGAAUCGUUCUCGUCUGUGUGCUGAAUAUAACGCUCCGUUUACAUUAUCGUCGGGGGACAAAAGUGCGCGUUGCCACAGUGUUGAAGUACGGCCGCAGAGCGUGAACUCUUUCUGCGAAAAGAGUUUUUCAUCAGGAAGGCCCUCCCGGGGCACGGCGGAUCGUCUGUCGGGCUCAGCUGAUCCACGCGCGGCGAGAGAAUCGAGAGGAGGAGGAAGAGGAGGUGGUGGUGGUGGACGCUAACAGCAGCGCUGCGGGGCGAGGAAGGUCUCCUGCCGAACUCAGCACCGCGACGAUCGAGGAGCACCGAUAAAAUAUGUCGUCCCCCAGCGCCGGCAAGCGACGUAUGGACACGGACGUUAUCAAAUUAAUAGAAAGCAAACACGAGGUGACAAUCCUAGGAGGAUUAAAUGAAUUCUCCGUCAAGUUCUACGGUCCACGAGGGACACCUUAUGAAGGUGGAAUAUGGAAAGUAAGGGUUCAUCUACCAGAGCAUUAUCCUUUCAAAUCUCCUUCGAUUGGUUUCAUGAACAAGGUUUAUCAUCCUAACAUUGAUGAAGUCUCAGGCACAGUGUGUCUAGAUGUUAUAAACCAGGCUUGGACUGCCCUUUACGAUCUGUCAAAUAUUUUCGAAUCUUUUCUGCCUCAGUUGUUAACAUAUCCCAAUCCAAUUGAUCCCCUGAACGGUGACGCUGCCGCGAUGUAUCUUCAUAAACCAGAAGAAUACAAGAAGAAAGUAGCGGAUUACGUCAGGAAGUACGCGACGGAGGAGGCGCUGAGGGACCAGGAAAACGGCGGCACCGGUAAUGGGAUGUCCUCCGAUAGCGAGUCCUCGAUGAGCGACUUCAGUGAGGACGAGGCGCAAGAUAUGGAGUUGUAACCAAAUAUAUUACCAUCCGUACCCAUAUCCUUAAUCAUCUCGAUCCCUUGUAAGAUCCCCGAUCGGUCGUCCUACUACCAAAUAGAUGCUUACACCCGAGACUCCGAGCCUCACUUCUGGUGACGGCGACGAGCCCCUAUUACUUGUCGUUGCUCCCGUCGUUCGUCGCUCGUACCUAACUGACUCGCAUCCCCCAACAAACGAGACGGGGGGAUUCCCAUAACUCUCUACGAGAGUGAAAGCGACAGAAGUGAACGAGGUAAAAAACGGAGAAUCGUGUACGGGGUUGUGUAUUGCGCGCUCUUCUUACCGAGCGUGCAUCGAGGAGCGUUUUCGAUCACGAUGUUUCUUACGAUCCUCCGAAAUUCUCUCGAAUUGGUUUUAUCAAUCGUUUGUUGCGUUCAAUUGCUACGAUCAUGAUAACGAUAACGCGUUCAUCAAUGCGUAAUCUGUUAGCAUGAGCGAAACUUUUCUUUGCAACAGAGAAUCAUCUUUCUUCCUCCGAGUGCGGGGGGAAAAGUAAGGAAAUGAAAAAGAGAGAAAAAGAGAGAGGACCCGUUGUUUGGAUUUAUGAGCUCUCUGCUGCCGGUUGAGAUUCGUAAUGUCGAUUCUCAAAAUUAUUCGUAUCUCGGCAAUUGAGCAAACGAUGUGUUGUCACCUACUGUGUUUAUAUGCAUUUCUAUGUGAAUUGAGAAGCGACCGAAACACAGUAAUAUUAUCGUACGAUCAAGGAUUACACAGAAUAUAUUCGUCCGGUUACAUUUCUCUCGUUUUUGAGAUUCUCUCGUCCUUGUUCAUUUCUCGUUUCUUCUUCCGAAUGCCGCAGACACGCUCAUCGUUGUGAUAUUCGAAAACGCGUUAUCGAGAGAAAGAGAGAGAGAGAGAGAGAGAGAAAGAUUAAAUAAAGAAGCACAUCGGAGAAAUGCGACACGAAAAAUUUUAACAACGAGCUGACCGACCUGAUUAUACAACGAUCGCAUCUUCUCCAUGGCUAACGACUCUUUUUGCUUCUAUCUUAGAUUAUAUUAGCAUUUAUUUAAAAAGAAGAAAUUAUAUUUUCGCAAAAAAAAAGAGAGAAAAAAAUUAUUUGUUAUUUAUUCUCCGCGUUUUUAAAUUUGAAAAAUUCGUCGAAAAUUGCUUAAAGGAGAGAAAAAUAAAUUAUCUUAGCAAUAUUUUUCUUUUUCCUCGCAAUAGAUAAAUAAAAAAAGCAUCGGUACAUAUGUCAAUUUUACGGUUCUCCGUUAAGACAGGUUUUUUGUUAAGCAACAGUGAGACACAUAAAAUGUAAUGGAGUAUGGGUACUAGCACCGUCUUCCUUUUCCUACCAUCACCAUUCCCAAACAUUUCCCUCGUAGGGCUUCGCAUCAGCGACCGAUCGCUACGUCGUCGUCGUUAUCAUCGUCGUCGGGGAAAAGAUCGAAUCUACCACAAAAACGGCCGCACGACCGUGACACGAACGAUGUCAGGAUAAUGCAGCCGCCAUUCAAGACUGCGCGAUCGUGGAAUUAUCUCGGGAGAAUGAGUGCAAACGAGACUCUGAAUGCGUUUCAAGCAUCCUCGGCGUCCUGUCUCGAACUGUGCGCAUCGGCCGAGCAUAAUGCGGAGGAGAUGCAAACAAACGAACCUGCAGGACCAUCUUCAUCGAUGUAUCCAUUCUUUGGAAGUGAAAUGUAAUAGAUUGUAAUCGAUCCCGAUGGGUGCGGAUCGGAUGCGAUUCAACGAUCGCUCGCGAAAAAUUUUAAGUCAAUUUGUAUUAUUUUAAUCUCAUUGUUAUUUGAAUUAUAUUAUAGAUUUCAUUAUAUAGAUUAAUGUUAUUAAUACAAGGACGUAUAUAUUAAAUUAAAUUAGUUUGUUAUAAUGUUCUAAAGAAUACUUUGAAAACUUCGAAUAACGGAAUUGGGAACAUCCUUACGUUAAAAAAAAAGAAAAACAUUUAAUUGCUAUUGUCUCCAUCUGCUAUGCAGUUUACUUCGAACAUUAGAAUUAAAGGAAAUGAAAUCAAAGAUCUCAGGGAAUUUCUGUUUGGGAAACAAAAAAACUUGUGGUUGUAGCAUCGCUGAGGUAAGGAAAACAAUUCUAUGAGAGAUGGAAAGCACACGAGGAAAAUACAAAAUUUAGUUUUUAUGAUUGACGAUAUAUAUCAGUGAAUUUUUGAAUUUUCAAAAAGAACCAAGUAGAGUAAAGAAUUGUGUUUGGCAGUGUAGGAAAAUUGUAAAAAAAAAUUUACGAGAAUAUAAAAUUGUACAAACUUUAAUGCACAAUAAUCUUCGCUCAAUAGUA